AUGGGACCUAAAAAACAAAAAAAUCCCAUCAUAAUAGAUGGAGUUGACACAUCUGUUUUAUCCAGGGAAAAGUUAGAAAAAUUUGCAAUUGCUUUAAAAGAAGCUUUGGAUAAGGAAAGAGAAGAAAGGAAUUUUUUUCAAAUAGAAAGAGAUAAAAUAAGAACAUUUUGGGACAUAACGAGACAACAGUUGGAAGAAUGUCGUACGGAAUUAUUGAACAAAGAAAGACAAAUGGAAGAAAAAGAAGAUUCACAUUUCAACGAAUCGAAAUUAUUUAAACAAAGAGUGAAAUAUCUAAUAUAUGAACAUCAUAAAAACAUAUCUGAGCUGAGAGCUGAAGGAAUGCUGUCACUUAAAUUAUCCCAGGAAGAUUUUGAAGAACAGGAAAAGGCUUUACUUACAGAUAAAAAAAAUUUAAAAGAAAAAUUAAUUGAACAACAGAAACAACAUCAGGAUGUUGUUAGAAAUUUAAAUAUGAAAUUCAGUGAGGAUUUAAGCAAUGCAAGAAAUGAUUUUGAAGAAGAAGUAAGAGAACUUGAUUUUAAAUACAAAGAAGAUUUACAAUCAAUAAGAGAAGAAUUGGCUCUUAAACAUAGAAUGGAAUUGACUGAGGCCAUAACUGAAAAUCGUGAGCUCAAAAGACAAUUAUCUAAUUAUGGAAAAGACAAAGUUGCUUUAAUUGAAGCUUUAAAAAGAGUUAACGAACUUGAAAAAGAAUUGGAUGAUUACAAAUGGGAAAAUGAAGCUCUCGAAUUACGAUUGUCUAAAACGGAAGAACAGAAAAACGAAUUUCAAGAUAGUUUCUUUUCAAGCAUUUUAACGGCCCAAGAACAAUCGGCCACGCGAAACAUAUUACUCGAGAAAAAAAUGAAAAAUAUGUUAAAACUUCUAGAACAAAGAGAAACGCAAUUUUCAGAAUUUAUAAAAUCUCACAAAAUUGAUCAUUCGAGGUUGGGUCCGGUUAAUAUAAGAAUCGAUAAACUAUUGACAAAGAAAAAUGCUACAAUUGAAGAUCUUGAAUAUGAAUUAGCGCGAGUUAGUAAAGCACACGAAGAUGUUUUGCAAACCUUCCAAGGAAAACUAGAACAAUAUGGCAUACCUACAGGUGAACUUGGUUUCACUCCUGUCAGAACUGCUAUGCUUACAUCAAAAGCUCCUGCAGGACUCUGUUUAUAUGUAAAUUUACACACAAUAUCAGUGAUUUAG